AUGAGCUCGUCCGAGUCCAAUGGUCCCCGCCGGGCUGGUUCCAUCGACCCAUACUCCAAUUCAGAGAUCUACUAUGGCAAUGAUGAUCCUCUUGCCAGAAACAGAGAUCGCAGACGCGCCUUUUCUACGAGCGUGAGAGACAACGAGAGAGAUAAUAUCCACGACCUCUUGGGCACACUCCCCACCAGACGAGGUAGUCACGAUGAGGCAUCUGGAAACCCCCGCAAGUUCCUCAUCGACGUGGAUGAGACCCUUGGUGCUCUGCUGAAGCAGGAGGAUACCGACAAGAACAUGCAGAUUACAAUCGAGGAUGCUGGGCCAAAGGUACUCUCGGUCGGAACAGCCGGAUCCUCGGGAUUUAGACGUGUGGAUGUGCGCGGCACAUACAUGCUCUCCAAUCUCUUGCAGGAGCUUACUAUCGCGAAAGACUACGGUCGGAAGAAAAUUAUCCUCGACGAAGCACGCCUGAGCGAGAACCCAGUCGCACGCCUCUCCCGUCUGAUCAAGAAUUCUUUCUGGACGGCCCUCACGAGACGCAUUGAUGGAUCCAAUAUCGAAAUCGCAGGCAAAGAUCCCAAGGAUUGGACCGAUGAUCCCCGGCCUCGCAUUUACAUUCCACCUGGUGCCCCCGAGCAGUUUGAAUAUUAUACCAACAUCGCCGAGAAACACCCGGAGUUGCGAUUGGAUGUGCAACUGCUACCGGCUGAUAUCACGCCAGACUAUGUCAUGGGAUUGGUUAACAAGCCCGGACUACUUGCCCUCGCCAUGGAGAAGAAGUAUAACGAGGAGACCAAACAGGAAGAACUAUCGGGUGUCCCCUUCGUCGUACCAGGAGGUCGAUUCAACGAACUGUAUGGAUGGGAUAGCUACUUUGAAUCUCUGGGUUUGAUUGUGAGCGACCGCGUUGACCUUGCUAAGGGCAUGGUCAUCAAUUUCUGUUUCUGCAUCAAGCAUUAUGGAAAGAUUCUUAACGCCAACCGAACCUACUACCUCACUCGCUCUCAGCCGCCAUUCUUGACUGAUAUGGCUCUGCGUGUAUACGAGCGAAUUAAGAGCGAGCCCGACUCCCAGGAGUUCCUUCGAAACGCUGUUCUUGCUGCCAUUAAGGAAUACCACACGGUAUGGGCGUGUGAGCCGCGCCGCGAUCCGAUUACUGGGCUCUCGAGAUAUCGCCCCGAAGGUUGGGGUGUACCCCCAGAGACUGAACCAACCCAUUUCCUUCACAUCCUGACGCCAUAUGCGGAGAAGCAUGGCAUGACCUUCAAGGAGUUUGUCAAGGCAUACAACGAACGGACCGUUGUCGAGCCGGAACUGGAUGAAUACUUCCUCCACGACCGAGCUGUGCGCGAGUCUGGCCAUGAUACUAGCUACCGCCUCGAGCGCAUCUGCGGAAAUCUCGCAACUGUCGACCUGAACUCUUUGCUGUAUAAGUAUGAGGUGGACAUUGCGCGUAUAAUCCGUGUUCACUUCAAGGAUAAGUUGUCGAUCCCACAAGAGUUCCGGACAGCUGCCACCCAAGACAUUGAAUUUGAAUCGUCCGCCGCUUGGGAUCGCCGUGCCCGCAAGCGCAAGCAAACUAUGGAUCAACUGAUGUGGGACGCCGAUAAGGGCAUGUUCUUUGAUUACAACACAGUCACCAAGGAGCGUAAGGUAUACGAAACCGCAACCACCUUCUGGGCAAUGUGGGCCGGUCUUGCUACGCCUCAGCAAGCAGCCCAGAUGGUGCAAAAGGCGUUGCCUCGGCUGGAAGCCUUCGGUGGUCUGGUCUCGGGAUCGGAAGAGUCACGUGGCCCAGUCGGCCUGGAGCGACCCAAUCGGCAGUGGGACUUCCCUUACGGCUGGGCACCUCAACAGAUGCUUGCCUGGACCGGGUUCCUGCGCUAUGGGUACGAGGAAGAGGCAGAGCGAUUGGCGUAUAAGUGGCUUUACAUGAUCACCAAGGCUUUUGUUGACUUUAAUGGCGUUGUCGUCGAGAAAUAUGAUGUGACCAGGCCGAUCGAUCCUCACCGAGUCGAUGCCGAGUACGGAAACCAAGGUACCAAUUUCAAGGGGGCACCACGUGAAGGGUUCGGCUGGGUCAAUGCCAGUUAUGUCUAUGGAUUGGACAUUCUUAACGCGCAUAUGAGACGUUCCUUGGGAGCUAUCACGCCCUACGAUACUUAUUAUCGGGCUGUUAAUGGACCGGGCGCGAGCGCAUUUUAG